AUUAUAAAAGAAAUCGCACGCCUCGAACUGCCACACACAAAGCUCUCUGGGAAAUGGAGUCCACUCUGUAAAUAUUGCAGGACUCUCCAUUCUUUUUCUCCUACACGACACCUAACAAGAUGCCUGCUGUUCAUCACAAACUGCUGCUUGAGGACGCUUUGCAGGACAGUCCUCAGACUCGCUCAUUGCUCAGUGUGUUUGAAGAAGAUGCUGGGAACCUUACAGACUACACCAACCAACUUCUCCAGUCAAUGCAGCGGGUAUUUGGUGCUCAGAGUGAGAUGGGCUUGGCCACAGAGCAGCUCUCACAGCAACUUCUGCAAUAUGAGAAGAAAAAUUUUGCUCUUGGAAAAGGGGAUGAAGAAGUAAUCAACACACUGCAGAACUUUGCCAAAAGUGUGGGGGAGCUGAACUCAUUACACUCUGAGCUUGCAUCCCAAAUGGCUGACAACAUGGUCUUCCCUUUAAUCCAGUUCAGAGAGAAAGACCUCACAGAGAUAAGCACACUAAAGGAAAUAUUUGUUAUUGCAACUGAUGAGCACGAGGCCGCUAUGGUCAAGUACAGCCGACUGCCCAAGAAGAAGGAGAAUGAAAAGCUGAAGGCUGACUUGGUGAAGGAGGUGGCCUACACCAGAAGGAAGCAGCACCAAGCCUCUCUGCAGUAUUACUGUGCCCUCAAUGCCCUGCAGUAUCGUAAGAGAGUCGCCAUGCUCGAACCCAUGCUGGGCUACACACAGGCACAGGUCAGCUUCUUCAAGAAAGGUAUUGAUCUGGUGUCAAAGAAGAUGGACAACUUUCUUUCUUCUGUGUCCCGCAUGACGCAAAAUGUUCAGGCCCAGCUGGACGUAGAGGCAGAGGCAAUGCGUGCAUCUCAGAGGGAGCUUCUGUCCGUGGAAGAUGCCGUCUAUAUGCCAGAUACGGACACUGAGCCUGUCAAUCGUACGCUCAUCCAGAAGGCCGGCUACCUCAACAUCAGGAAUAAAACGGGCCUUGUCACCACAGCUUGGGACCGACUGUACUUCUUCACCCAGGGGGGAAACCUUAUGUGCCAGCCGCGGGGGGCGGUGGCAGGGGGCAUGGUGCUGGACCUGGACAACAGUUCCGUCAUGGCUGUGGAGUGUGAGGACAGACGUUACUGUUUUCAAAUAACUUCACCUUCAGGAAAGACGUCAAUGAUUCUACAAGCUGAGAGUAAAAAGGAAUACGAGGAAUGGAUUUGCACUGUAAACAAUAUCUCCAGACAGAUUUACCUGACUGACAAUCCAGAGGCUGUGGCCAUCCGGCUGAACCAAACCGCCAUCCAGGCAGUCACCCCCAUCACAAGUUUUGAGAAGAGACAGGAAGGCUCGCCCAACCCUGACAGAGCGAAGCCAGGAGGAGUACAUACGAGUUUUCAGAAGACUGGUGCCGCUCCAGAACCAGAGGACCUGAUUGCUCCAGGGACGCCUAUCCAGUUUGACAUCAUGCUGCCAGCCUCCGAGUUCCAGGACCAGAACAGAGGAGGUGGGAGACGCACAAAUCCGUUUGGAGAAACGGAUGACAACUGCUGCACAGACGCUGAUGACUCCCUCCUGCAGCAGGUGUUUGCCGUACGCUUCCUGGGCUCCAUGGCAGUGCGCUGUGGUAACAAUCAGGAAGUGAUCUAUGAGGCCAUGAGGCAGGUGCUAGCUGCUCGAGCCAUCCACAACAUCUUCAAGACCACGGAGUCCCACCUUAUGGUCACCAGCAGUAACCUCAGGUUAAUUGACCCCCAGACUCAAGUUACAAGAAUAAGUUUCCAGCUUGGUGAGGUGUGUCAGUUUGCAGCCCACCAGGAGAACGGCAGGCUGAUGGGAUUUGUGAUUGAGAGCAGAGACUGGAGUGACGGCGAUGAGGAGGGAGAGCCAUCGUUUAGCGCCUUCGUAUUUGAGAGCAACACAGAAGGCGAAAAGAUCUGCUACACCAUAAGUUUGGCCAAGGACAUUACUGAAGCCAAGAAGGACCCAGAGGCCCUGGCCCAGCUCAUGAAGUCCAUGCCUCUAACAAAUGAUGGCAAAUUUCUGCUCCUGGAGCCUGAGACAGACGACACGACUAAUGGUGCAGGACAAGAUGACCUGGAAUCAGAGGCAUAGUCCCACUCAGGACCAAAAACACAACUUGUACCAGGACAGAAGACUUUCCCUGAUUUAUGGUGUCUUAAAUUUUUAACGGUACACUAGUUUAACAUGUGUGACUGGAGCUCCAUUUUUUUUCCCAAUGAAAGGCAUUAAUUCACAUCACUCCAGCACUCCAUUAAUUUUGUUUGUUUUUACACUGCUGUGGGUGGUAAUUUACAUCACAAGAACAUUGUUCUAGUUGUUUCAUUCUGUUUUAAGUCCUUCAGCCAUCAGAGGGUGACCAGUCAUCUGCUUCUCUUUAUACUUUUUAAUUUAACAUUUUUCUUUUCACAUUCAUUCAUUCAUAAGGUUGUCAUGAAUUCCCCAACUUAUAGAUUUAUUUUUCAGCCAUUCAUGUUCAAGUUAUUUUAAUAUCAAUUGAAGGUUAUAGAAGGUACUAGUUGGGGCAUUGGGUUUUUUAUGUGCUUAACAUUUGGGAUUUUAACAUCUGUGGGACAUUUGCAGAAGCUGUCAGUUGUGUGCAGGUAAGCAGUGGCACAGUUAGCAUAAUUACCUGAAAUAUUACGUGUGCAUGCAAAAAGCAAAGUAAUUUUUGUGCACUUGUGCCACUGGUGUUGGCAUGAGGGUUUUUUUUUAAGCAUUCUACAAGUGUGUUUAUCAGUUUAGUUCCUGUACAUAAAGUCUUAAGACUGUUGCUAUGCCUGUUCCUCUGUACUCGGCUAAAAUACUCAUCCCUUCACAGAAAAUGUACUGUUUCUUGGAGGCCAGUGUAAAUAUGUUGCGUUCCAGUGUGUAUAUAAUUAAUCUGAGUCAACUGCAUUAAAAGCUUUGAGUGAAUAUA